CUUUUAGUAGUUGUGGAGCAAGCGCCGAAGAGAAGCCGGCGGCCCGUAGAAGCGAGCGACGAAGAAGUUUUGUGAGUGGUGUGCGUCUCGUGUGCGUGCAGAUAUCCACCGUUUUCGGCCACCCUUUCGGCACCCACGCCUCGCGGUACUCCGUGUCCGAACGAGGGUAGUUUCGGGGUGAGUGAGAGACUUGGUUAGUUCGCCGCGAGAGGCCCGCCAAGGGAUGGAUUUCGACGACCCGGGACAGCACGGUUCGUCCGAUGACCACGUCUCCUCGUCGGACGAGAACUGUGCUCCGAGCUCUGGCCAAGUGCGAGUCGUGAUUUCCAACAUCCCCGACCACGUGCGGCUCGAGAGCUUUGAGGAAUCGCUUUCGGCCUUAACAUCGUACACGCCGUUCAUCAGCAUCGAGAAACUGGCUCCCAAGGGCAACGCUGACACCCAGGCUGUCCAAGUCAUGUACGAGAAUCAAGAUCAGGCACAACAGGUUGUCAGCCAGGUGAACGGCCAUGAGUACGAAGGCAACACUCUGAAGGCAGAUAUUUCAGACAGGCGCAACAACCGCCCCCGCAACUCGCGCCCCCCUUUCUCAGGGAUGCAAACAUCCAGCAGACAGACUGACUUUCCCCUUCGAAUCCUUGUCCAGAGCGACAUGGUUGGUGCCAUAAUAGGUCGCCAGGGCAGCACAAUCAGGCAGAUCACCCAACAAACGCGUGCCAGAGUCGACGUCCACCGGAAGGACAACGUUGGCUCAGUUGAGAAGGCCAUCACUAUUUAUGGCAACCCUGAGAACUGCACUAAUGCCUGCCGGCGCAUCCUCGAGGUCAUGCAGCAGGAGGCAACCAGCACUAACAAAGGAAUUGAUUGCAGUGAAAUUUCGCUCAAGAUUUUGGCACACAACAACCUCAUUGGGAGAAUUAUUGGCAAGAGUGGCAACACAAUCAAACGGAUAAUGCAGGAUACUGACACUAAAAUCACAGUAUCGAGCAUCAACGACAUAAACAGUUUCAACUUGGAACGCAUCAUCACUGUCAAAGGCACCAUUGAGAACAUGUCAAAGGCUGAAGCACUUAUUAGUUCCAAACUACGUCAGAGCUAUGAGAAUGAUCUCCAAGCAAUGGCUCCUCAAAGUUUAAUGUUCCCUGGUCUGCACCCGAUGGCCAUGAUGUCCACCGUCGGGGUGAACUACCCGCGCAACUCUGGUCCCGGUGGUGGCGGCGGCAACAACUUCCAAGGGGGCAGCAGCGGCAGCGGGGUCUACAGCUCUGGUCCCACCCACAGCGGAGGUGGCGGUGGCGGUGCUGCUGGCAGCUUCCCUCCCAUCUACCCCGGCGGCCCCCAGACCGCCGGCAUGGGCCAGCCGCCUGUCAGUGGGCCCAACGACCAGCAGGAGACGGUCUACCUGUACAUUCCGAACAACGCCGUCGGCGCCAUCAUCGGCACCAAGGGCUCGCACAUCCGGAACAUCAUUCGCUUCUCAGGGGCGUCCGUCAAGAUUGCGGCGCUCGAAGAGGGCAAGCCUGUGGAACAACAGCCUGAGAGGAAGGUUACCAUUGUUGGAACUCCCGAAGCUCAAUGGAAGGCCCAGUACUUGAUAUUUGAGAAGAUGCGCGAGGAAGGAUUCGUGGCAGGCACCGAGGACGUCAGACUGACGAUCGAAUUGCACGUGCCUUCGGCGCAGGUCGGCCGAAUCAUCGGCAAGGGCGGCCAGAAUGUGAGAGAGCUGCAGCGCAUCACCGGCGGCAUCAUCAAGCUGCCCGAACAGGCGUCGGCAAGUGGGGAGGAGACGAUGGUGCACAUUAUUGGACCCUUCUUCUCAGUACAGUCUGCCCAGAGACGCAUCCGCUCCAUGAUCCAGCAGGGCCAGCCCGGCCUGCUGCCCCCCGGUGGCCCUCCGUCGCGAGGCCCGGGUGGCGGCCGACCUCCUCUGGGCCCCCGCGGGGAUCAGAAGCAACGCAUGGACGGCCAGUAGUAACUCAACAAACAAAAUUAACUGUUAAGGGGGUCUCAGGGGGCUGGGGGGAAGGGGGUCAAAAUGGUGCAACCGAAAUACCUCGUACUUUUUAAAUGCAAAAUACCAAAGAGAAGACAACGCUAUAGAGAACUACAACGGAGAAGCAGGCCUUCUCUUUGGGAGGCUAAAAACGCAGAAUUUUUGUUAGAGAUGAUUUUUAAAUAUGGAAAAAAAAACACACACAAAGGAGAUUGUUGUUGAAAGAAAUUCACUAACGUACAUCAUUCGAGUAAGGUUUUUCGAGACACCUUACUGUCAGGGUUCAGAAUUGAAGACGAAGAAGUCGGCAGCCGAGAGAGACAGAGUUGUAUUCUAUUUUUGUGGAGCAAUCGAGGCGGACGCCUUCGUUUGUCAAUUUCUUGUACCAUUGAUCACGAAAUUUUGAAGUAAUUAAGGUGCACGCUGUCUGAGUGGUUGAGUGCAUAAAUUUGCUCAAUUUAAAUUACUACAAGACGAGGACACGCAGGUGUGAGAGCAUCGAAGAGGGAGCUUUGGUGCUUUUAGUCAAAUAAUUACACACACAAACGAUUCGGGAAACGAUGCGCGCGCACGAGGAUAGGAGACAGAAGAAAAUUAUCCCCGCCUCCGAAAUGGAUAAUAUUUUACUUUAAUGGUGAUACGCGAGGCUGGGACAAUUUACUAAUGAUUAAAAAUUAAGGAUUUUAUUGUACAUGAUGAGAAAGAAAGAAAGGAAGAAAGAGAGGUUAGCUGCAAAAAACGUUUGUGGUUAGAAACCACUACUGUGCUAGGAUGGUUUUUACUGGAGACAAAUGUGGAUGGAGUGAUUAAAAAAAAAAAAACAAUGAAAUUGAAAGUUUGCCAUAAUUUUUGAGGUUAUAAAAUAAACGAGGAGAGGAAUGUCUUAUGUUUUGAUAAGACUGCAACUAUAAUAUUAUUUUUUAAGAGAAAAAAGUGGCUUAUUAACGAGAAUGCUGCACGCAGACGGGUUCUUUGUGCAGCCGAGCCGGCUCCCGCCCCACAGCCGCCCCACGAGAGGGGCCGCCGAUCGAAUUAUUUCUCAGGGUAUAAAAAUAUAAUGGCAUAUUUUUAACAGCGGCCGCCCCACGGGCGGCUCGUGGAGGCGGGCGGGGGCCGCCGACUAACACACUCUAUCUCAGUACAAAGUAAAAUGAGACCAUCAUUGUUGUGUGGUGAAAAACAGUCAUUAUUGCUAAAAAGAAAAUGAUGAUGAAGAUGUUUAAAAAAAUUUAUUUUUGAUACAUUGUUGGGUAAAAAAGAAGCGACGAAAUGACGAGAGAAAUCUCUUUUUUAAAAACGAGAAAACCAAUGAACGAAAUUUUUAUUACUUUCGUUUUGCUAAAACUAAAAAAAAAAAAUGAAAUUAAAUAGUUUCGAAUUUUUAAACGCGGCGCCGGUGGCCGCUUAUUGUUUUGUUGACGCUAGCCAUUUUUUUUAUUAUUGUGUUUUUGACUAUUUUCGGGCCACCGGGCCCUGUUCGUUUUGUUUUUGAGAAACAAGGCUAAUGAAAAGCUGGGGAGAAAGGAGCUGCACACUUAAAAAAAAAGAAA